AUAAGAGAGGGAGGGAGACGGAGUGAUGCUAUUGGUCGACUGUUACAACAUCAAGCGUGAUAGAAAUAUUUCUCUCGCAGUCUGAGAAAUAGAGAGACGGAGACAGUAGACUCAGGAAACACAUUCAGGUCUGUUUUUAAAAAUCUCCGGGAACUAAAGACAGUGGGGUUUAGAAAGAAAGGAAAUAAGAAAGAGGAGACAACAGAAAGGUGGACUAAUUAACCUAUGACUCCUGAGGGCUGUGGAGAUUUUUGCUUAAGAGAAGGAAACAUUUUAAAAGCAGCGUAAAAGUGUCUCACAUGUAGAUGUUCUGCAGGUUCUUGGUGACAUAUUCCAUUUUUCUUUCUUUCUUUUUUUCCAUAUCUCCCUGGGAGUUGAGUUAUUUAUCCUGCUCGUCAGCAGAGGCAGAUCUAAAUGCUUUUUUUGUUAUUUUUGGGGGAGAAUUUGAGGGAUGCUUCUGAGGGAAAGAUGCAGAGCAGAGCAUUCUGACAUGGUGUCGACCCAAAUUGACAGAGACAAGGAAAGAGUGGACUGUACAGUGGCAGACACGUCUCCAACCAGACACAGGUAUUUUCCACUCGAUGUUAAGACCAGUCCAGGUAUUGAUCCAUGCUAAUUAAUUGAAAGUAUACUCUGAUCUUAUAUCUGUCCUCUUAAAUGUGUGAUAUUGGCACUGUAAUGUUAUAUAGUCAAUUGAACAAUAUUAUCUGCUUCACAUCAUUUCUUUAAUUUUUUUUCUUAACAUUUUUGUAAUACAAUAAGUAACACGCAAAGAGACUGUCUCUGUAAGUAAUACGCCGCAGCUAUGUUUGUUUACAUUCGCGUUGACUAUGAUUUAGACAUGUGCGUCAUUAAGCAUGCUCUUGAUUUGGAGCAACAGAUGAAAUGAUGAAGCCAUAUGAAAAACCUACUGACCACAUUACAAGCCAUAACCGACUUAAACAAUAACCACAAUAAUCUUUUUUGAAAACAGCACUUACUGUGCUCACUAUCGACAAGAAUCCUGUGCUUCUGUUGUCAGCGUGUUUGUCAGACACUUUGUGGUGUGAAUUACUGUGAGAAGCAAAUGUGUACGUGUAGGCUUUGAGUCAAGAGAAACUACAGGGAGGGGGAGGAUACAGACAUUUUGUCUGUCAGAGACUCAAAAAAAAAAAGAGGUGCACCAGGCCAACAACAGACACCUGUGUCAGUCAAAAAGACUGACUCAUAUAAGUGCUUCCAAAAUCAAAGCGAGCACGGUGGGGGGUCAUCGUGCUGUUUAGAGAGAGCUGUACAAAGUGGCACAAAGACACAGCAUGAGUGGAAGAGAAGCCACAGUCAGGCAGAUGAUUGAUUGUAACUGAGUACUUAACCUAACUGGACAACACAAAGGGGGGAAGACAAUAACCUCCACAGAAGGUAAAAGGGAGAGUGAGCCAUAGCCGGAGCGAGGCUAAGGACAGGUGGGAGGAAGUUCUUCGUUUUGUCUCGUGUGUCUCGCUUCACACGUCUCACCGUUAAGACUGGCUGGCUCGGCCAUGGCGUUCACCUUUGCGGCCUUCUGCUACAUGCUCACAUUGGUGCUGUGCGCUGCGCUCAUCUUCUUUGUCAUAUGGCAGAUCAUCGCGUUUGAUGAGCUCCGCACAGACUUCAAAAACCCCAUUGAUCAGAGCAAUCCCACCAGAGCGAGGGAAAGGAUUCUCAACAUUGAGAGGAUCUGCAACCUGCUUCGCAGAUUGGUAGUCCCGGAGUACUCCAUCCACGGGCUCUUCUGCCUGAUGUUCAUGUGUGCCGGAGAGUGGGUCACACUGGGCCUGAAUAUCCCACUGCUCUUGUACCAUCUGUGGAGGUUUUUUCACCGGCCAGCUGACGGGUCAGAAGUCAUGUAUGAUCCCGUCAGUGUGAUGAACGCUGAUAUUCUUAACUACUGCCAGAAGGAGUCGUGGUGUAAGCUGGGCUUCUAUCUGAUCUCAUUCUUCUAUUAUCUCUACAGUAUGGUCUACGCCUUGGUGAGCUUCUAACAUCUGGAAUAAAAAAAAAGCGAAAUGUCUGUAAGAAAGACCCAGAAGAAUGACUGGAGGCAUCAACACUUCUGCUCUCCAUGCAUCCUUCCCAGCCAAUGAAUUGGGCUUUCAACAGUCAAAACAAGGACUAAUCUACGACCAAUCUGAGUGAUAAUGUGAAUGUAAAGGUGUUGCCUCCCCUCAAUUAUAUUGCUUUAUCCCAGCUACUGCUGUUGGACUGCUGGAUGAAGUUUUGAAAGAUGGAAAUGACUUAGACGGAGGAUGUUUGUGUUGCCUUUGACCCGUUGUACUAUUUAACAAUAUGAAGGGCUGGAGCUUUCCCAUGCUGCUCUUACUGAUCCAGCCGCUCAACUCACUGUGAACCUACAAACACUUAGUGGCUGGAAAACAAGAUAUAUAUAUAUCUGUACUCUAUAAGUCAGGGCAGGAUUGUGUCAGUUUUUGGUUUGGUUGUGUUACAGGUACAACUGUCAGAAACAGGUUAAAGCACUGUAAGAAAUGCAGAAGGCGGCCAAGCAGGGAAAUAACCAUGUGGUGUGUGCGCACACAGGAUCAACAUAGAACAUGUCUUUGAUGCCAGCCUCAAUCAAUCAAUUUCACUCUGUAACUACAACUAGGAAUCAAUCACAAGUUCACUAGUCAUGAUUAAUUGUGAGUCCGUAGCUGCUCGGGUGACAUUUAGGUUCAUGCUUUCUGUAGAACUUAAUGCUCAGACAUAUGAUGCCAAACGUGUAUAUCUGAAAAACACUGUGCCAAACUGAAAAAAAAAAAAAAAAAAAAGUGAACACUAAAAAUUAUGAGACUGAGUUUGGCGGUGGUGUGAUCUUGUAGUACACUUUCUUGUAAUGUACAUUCCGAAUUUAAUUUCACUCUUCGACAAAGUUGAUUUUGGCACAAUAUUUUUAUAGUCCCGUUGUUGUCGUCUUUUGUAAAUGUGCAGGGAGCGCCUUAUUUCUGGUGACGGUUACUCUUGUCUCAUCCACAUCUCCUGUAUACUAUGGUCAUUUUAGCACAGCCACUCUACUAUGAGGAAGAACUAAGAACUAUCAUGUAUAAAAAGCAAUUAAAAACUAGCAAUGUAAUAUGAUUCAUGAGACAUAUCGACGCAGUUAUCAAGUGUAUGUAAUAAUACGGAGCAGAUCAAAAGGGACAAAAGUGAGUCCGACAAUAUCUCUGCUCUAAUAAAGACAGUUGAGUCCUCUCAAUAUAUCUACGAUCAUAUAUCACGGUUUCAAGGAACAGAUUUGUAAACGGCAAAGUUUCUCCUCAGCUGGAGCUGCCUUUGUUCUCAUGUGUUCAUAAGUUUGAUCUUUUUAAGGUGAAGGUACACGUGUGACUUUCAGUAGGAAAACCGAAACUAGUGCGGAGCCUGCGAGCAACUGUGAUGAUCGCUGUACGUCGGUUCCCCCGCGCGUAGUAAAUAGUGAUGAUGCCCCAUCUGGUACAUAAACUAUAGGAAAUAUGUGUGUUGAAUACUGCAGCCUUUUGAAGUAGUUUCUGAUGAAGAUGUACUAAAAUAAAAUUAAAAAACAUGUAAAUUCCAACAGCCAUGACGUCAAAUACCCAUGACAACAUGCAAAACUUUUAUUAUACAUUAUUCCUAAAUUUGUAUUAUCCUAUAAAUCAGCUUUGGGAUUUGUGUGUGUUAGCAAUGAAACUACAUGUUUACUGCAGAAUCUACUGAUCCUAAUAUGACCUGAAUACCUAUACCAGAACACAUACAGGGAAGUAUAAGCUUAAAAUAGUACAUAUAAAGAUAUAGUCAAUAAAUCUCAUGACAAGAUAAAAACCAAUGUUAGCGCAUCCAUCAACUGUUUUUGACAUUUGUCUUUAGUUAGUGGCCGUCAGAGCCAAGAUCAUUUCUAUUAAAGGAGCAAAUCUAUGAAGCAAAUGUUGUAUUAGUUCCUGAAAUUGCUCGCAAUAGUUGUGUUAAACAAAUGGUACUCCAAAAGGAGUAAGUCGUCCAUUUCUAUGUGGUAUGGAGAGACACACUGAACAUAAUUUCAGUGGAGUCACCAGAAAAUACAGAAGUGUGGUUGCAUGAGUUAUUGACACAUAACCAACAUUGACUUCAAUAAUGUAAUAGAACAAAUUUGUAAGACUGAGUACAUUUAAGUUGGUGGCGUUGAUAAGCUUCAAAAUCAGUUUUUCCUUAUGUCCCUGCUGGCAGCCAUGUUUUUUAUGAGACCCAAUUUGUCCAGAUUCCAGGCUGGUUCCAGGAAAUGGGAGGUGCACUUGAGAAAGUCAGUGUUGAAAAUGUGGCAAUACAACCAAACUUCGAAAAACUACACCCUCUAACCCUUUAAUUAAGUUUCAGGGGGGGAAACAGAAUAUUAAGUAAGAGUUUACUUCUGAAAAUAAAUAAAAAAAGAUUAAUGUAUGACUUUUACACUGAUCUAAAUUCAUAUUUUUACUCAUUUAUAAGGCUUCUUUUACAAUUGAGUUUGAGCAAUGCAUUUGCUUCAAGGGUUUGGUCGUUAUGUUUUCAAACCACCACCACAGACUGCAUCAGUUUAAAUCAAUUUCAUGUGAAAUGAGUAAAAAUGUAAGGGGGAACCAGUUUACCAACAUUGACUUGGCUGAAGCUUCUCCAUUCGCCUGUCAGUGUUUGUGAAGACAACGUAGACAGUACACAUUGUGCCAGAUGAUGUUUGAAGUGAUCACAGGACACGGAGACCUCAAAACUCUGCCAACGGCGUGAGUGCGUUGAGUGUGGACAAUCACUACUAAAGCACAGGAACACAAGGAAAGCAGGAGCAAAACAGCUUGGAUGAAUGUCAUUAUGUAGUUGCUCUGAACAAAGCAUUUUAGAAAAGUGUAUUUAAGUAUAUCUAUUUGUAAUCGUCUUUUAUACAAUUGUCAUAAGUGUAUGCUACAGUAAAUUUUGGUGGAUUACUUUAUAUUUAUUAGGUUACAACAUGAUGUACAGCAAUUUGCUCUGACGCCGUAUUCUAAUAAAAUAUUUAAUG